AUGCUCUACACGGUCACGCAUGCGUGGGCCGCCGCGCAGUCGUCGGGGAUCGACUAUUCUGGCGCCGCCCCGGACUGGAACACCAUCGCAGUUCAAGAGCGGAUCCUGUGGCGGCGACGCGCCAAUAUCACCGCUGCUGAGCUCCCGCGCUUCACUCCUCGUGGGUUUCAGUCAAUGCGGACGCCGCCGCAUAUCCACGCCAAGCUGCUGCAGCUGUACAAUGAGAAGAAGCAUUUUCGCGUGAGGGAGGAGGCGCUGGGCUGCUGGAAAUUUAACGCGACCCAGCGAGCUCGCCACCUCGCCAUGCUGCGCCAGCUCUGGUGGGCGUGGAACCCUCGCGGCUGGAACGUCACUUCGUGCACGACUCUCAACUUUUGGGAGGCCGACACUCACCUCACGCUCAAGAACUGGGUGAUGCGCGAGCUGAAGCCAGUGCUGGAGCGGUGGGCGAAAAUUCCACUCGAGCCAUCCGUCAGCUACGGCAUCCGGAUCUACGGACCCGGCGAGAUGUAG